AUGGCGGUUCCAAAGGACGCGUCGCGCCUCCUCCUCCACCCACUGAAUGCUCAGCGACAGCAACAACUCGCCUUCGCCUUGAGCCACAACGAGCAGCAGCUAGAGGAGUUUGAUAAGCAGGGCAGGCUAGAGAUGCUGCAGCACCAGCAAGCGCGUCGGGCAGCGUGGUCUCAGGCUAGCGCAGCCGCUGUGAGUGACAUGUCAGCGGUGUGGGAGUGUGUGAGCCUCGCGAUACGUGACCGUCUCACCUCUCUGCAGCCUGAGGGGUACCAGACCUUCAUGUUUCCCGAUGGCACGGCCAUCUACGAGGGCGACUGGAAGAACUGCCACCCUCACGGGCAGGGGUGUUUACGUCGCUCGAAUCCUAUGAACGAUGUGUAUGAGGGGAAGUGGUUUGUCGGUCAGCGCUGCGGCACGGGCACAUACCACAGUGGUGAGUAUCAAUUCCUCUACCAAGGCUCCUGGUUCGAUGACAAGCUGCACGGCAAAGGUGAACUGGUCGAGCCGGAGGGUGUGUACACGGGCGAGUUUGUCGAGAACACUCUUCACGGCUACGGCGAGUAUGUGUACAACGACGGGCACGUGUACAAGGGAGACUGGACCUGUGGUUUGUAUGAGGGCAACGGCACCUACCUCUACCCGAGCGGCGCCAAGUAUGAGGGUGGCUGGCUGCGGGGACGCGAGCAUGGACGAGGCACAAAGUGGUUUAGCAACGGUGAUGUGUAUAUCGGGGAGUGGAUGCAUGGUAUGCCACACGGGCAUGGUAGCCUCACCAGCACCUGCAGCACUGCAGCUCGCGUGACGGGGGAAUGGCGGUACGGUUCUCUGCAUGGUCAGGCGACCUGCGUCUUUGCUAACGGCAGCCACUACGCUGGCGAGUGGCAGCGGGGUCGUUUUCACGGACGUGGUACGUAUGAAGUGCCGUGCGCGAACGGGGAGUUGCAGCGGUACACUGGAGCCUACGCAAACGGGAAGCGCCACGGCUACGGGGAGUACACGUCCUCCACUGUGUCAUACGCCGGAGAGUGGGUGCAAGACAAGAAGGAUGGCGAGGGCUCGCUACAGGUGCGCGGGGGCGGGACGUACUACGGCCGAUGGAAGGCCGAUGUGCCGGAGGGCGAAGGGACGUACGUGUCGACGUACCGCAAGGGCCACCAUGACGAGAUGCAUUGCGAGGCGAGGCAUGGCACCUUCACUGCAUGCGUUGACCAACGCACCCAGCAGCGCGUUGACAUGCGCCUUCUCGGUCGAUGA